AUGUCCGUCAGACUGCCACAUGACAAUAUGCAUGUACGUCCGUCACUCUCGGUUGUCACCGUAUUGGCAACCAAGGAACAUAAUUUCACAAUCGACUGUCAGACAUGUCAUUUUCACGAUGAAAGUGACAAAGGUGUCACCGGUGGUCAUUUACGUACCUACGACGAAUUUCGCGUCUCACACGAUCAUGUACCGCGCAAAAUACAUGUUUUAAUACCUAUUGAUUAUCUGUCCAACAAUCAAGCGAAACGAUAUCUCGUCAUUUAUAUGAAUGAUGGCCAAACGGCAUUUUGGAAUGGAGGCUUAGUGAACAAAUCUUGGAAUGUUGGACAAACAGUAUCUAAGAUAUACGAGAAAGAUGAUUCUAAACAAGGGAUUGUUGUUGCCAUUCAUCCACUUGAUCGCAAUCGAGAAUAUACGCAUACACAUUGGAUGUGGAAACAAGCUUAUGGUGGAGUUGAUGAUUAUAAUGAUAAUAUUGUCAAUAAUGUCAAACCAUGGAUCGACAAAAACUAUCGAACAUUGCCCACAGCUAAGCGUACAGUUAUUGCGGGUAUUUGA